AUGCUUAGCUAUACCACCCAGAGCCUGCAUCCGUUCGCGUGCCCGAUGGCAAUCGAUGCCACACCGGACGAGCUGGACAAUGUUGCCAUCAUGAACAUGACCAACACCGCCACCAGCAUCAAUGCGAACGUCACCAGCAUGAACCUCAGCCCCGGCAGCAACAACAAUAACAAUCAUACGCUGAACAACAACAAUCCCAAGGUGAUAAACAACAAUACGGCGGUGGUGGUGGACGGGACCGGCAAGGUGUCACCGUGCCAGGACCAGGACGAUGAGGUGGUAGGCGACCAGCCCGACCCGGACUACAUCAAGAUGUUCGUCGGGCAGGUGCCACGGUCGAUGGACGAACAGCAGCUAAAGGAGAUGUUCGAGGAGUUCGGGCGCGUCCAUCAGAUCAACGUGCUGCGGGACAAAACAUCCGGUCAGAGCAAGGGGUGCUGUUUUGUGACUUUUUACACUCGUAAGGCAGCUCUCAAGGCGCAGGACGCGCUCCACAACAUCAAGACGCUUGUCGGGAUGCACCAUCCGAUCCAGAUGAAACCGGCUGACAGCGAGAAUCGAAAUGAGCAGCAUUCUUGA